AGCUGGAAGCGACCAUGUUCUUAGCAGGGUAGCACGCUCUGGCUCUCGCCUUCCCUCUGCGCAGACAACUCCUCCGCCCUCCCCGGCCCGGGAGCGGAGAGUGGUAAAGCCCAGCCUAGGACUAUCACCCAGCCCCAUGAAGUAGCCCUUGUGCGCUGCUACCCAGGCAUCACCCAGAGCAGCCGCGGGAGGAGGCGCCAGGCGGGCAGGCAGCCGGCCGGCUUCCAGGCAUCUCUGUGCGCUCCGAGCUCCUUCCACACCCCCAACUCCGAGCAGGGCGCCAACCGGCUCCCCAUCCGCUGUGCUCCUGCCCCGCAGCCCCGGGACCAAGCCAUGAAGCAGGCUCUGAUGGAAGUCAUGAGGAUGAACAGGAUUUGCAGGAUGGUCUUGGUCACUUGCUUCGGAUCCUUUAUCCUGGUCAUCUUCUAUUUCCAAAUAAUACGUAGGAAUCCAUUUGGAAUGGACAUCUGUUGUCGGAAGGGGUCAAGAAGCCCGCUCCAGGAACUGUACAAUCCCAUCCAGUUGGAGUUGUCUAAUACAGCAAUCCUUCAUCAGAUUAGGAGAGACCAAGUCACAGAUACAUGUCGAGCCAACAGCAUGUCUAGCAGGAAACGCCGUGUGCUGACACCCAACGAUCUCAAACAUUUGGUGGUGGAUGAAGAUCAUGAAAUGAUUUAUUGUUAUGUGCCCAAAGUGGCUUGUACAAACUGGAAGAGAAUCAUGAUGGUCUUGACAGGAAGGGGCAAAUACAGUGACCCCAUGGAAAUACCAGCCAAUGAAGCCCAUAUAUCCUCAAACCUGAAGACCCUCAACCAGUACAGCAUUCCAGAGAUCAACCACCGCUUAAAAAGCUAUAUGAAGUUCCUGUUUGUCCGCGAGCCUUUUGAGAGACUGGUGUCAGCCUACAGGAACAAGUUCACCCAGAAGUACAACACUUCCUUUCACAAGAGAUACGGUACGAAAAUUGUGAGGCGCCAAAGGAAAAAUGCCACCCAAGAGGCUCUGCGUAAAGGUGACGACGUGAAAUUCGAGGAGUUUGUGGCAUAUCUUAUUGACCCACAUACCCAAAGAGAAGAACCUUUCAAUGAGCACUGGCAAACUGUCUACUCCCUCUGUCACCCCUGCCAUAUCCAUUAUGACCUCAUAGGAAAGUAUGAGACACUUGAAGAUGAUUCUAAUUACAUCCUUCAACUUGCAGGAGUAGGCAGCUACCUGAAGUUCCCCACCUAUGCAAAGUCUACGAGAACUACUGAUGAAAUGACCACAGAGUUCUUCCAGAACAUCAGCUCAGAACACCAAACACAACUGUACGAAGUCUACAAACUUGAUUUUUUAAUGUUCAAUUACUCAGUGCCAAGCUACCUGAAACCGGAAUGAGGGGGAGAAGGAGGAAAGAAAGCCUGUUUUAUUUAAGAUUUUUAUUUGUCAUAAUAAAUAUGGAGAAUUGUUAUUUUGUAAAUUAAUAUUUUCUUUUUGAAUGAUGCUGCGAGCAGCACAGUCGAAAUUAUUUAAAUCAUCUGUAAGAAAGGACAGUUCUCUUUGCGGGGUAACAGGAUGGUGAAGAUCUCGCUUUAGAAUUGAAUAUUACUGCUACACUGUUUAUAAACGUUAAUUGUGUUCUGGUGAAUUUCAUUUAUCUUUGCAUUCAACAAAUUCUAAUUAAUGUUAUUUAUACUUAUUUAAAACAUGGUCUCUUGGUAGGUUUCACUUUAGCAGCAGAAAUACGACAAUAUUUGGACAAAAGGAAUCUGGUUUAUGCUUUCCUCAGCUGAAUUUAUUUAUUGUUACUUGGCAUAUGUUUUGGAAACCCAAGUAGAAAUAAUUUCUUCCAAGGUGAUUCUGCACUUAAAGCAAAAUUAGAAAGUUAUCUUCCCAUACCUGAAAGAAAAACAUGAAACACAUUUUGUUACAUACAAUAGUUAAAAUCCAGGACUAAAAGAAAUUGAAUGUAUCCCUUGAAGCAAGCAAGCAUACAUUUUUCUUACUUGGACAUGCUAAUAUCACCAAUAUUGUUUGUGUCCCAGUGCCUGGCAUUUCCAAGUCUUUCAGCCCAAUGAAUGCUGACAGGGAUUUGUCCAUAUUACAUACCAACAAAAUAUGGGCCAAGAGUUUCAAAACUAACUUGAGAUUUUGAAUGCCCAUCCUGAGCCACCUUAAUGGAGGCCUGAUUUCAGCCAGUGGGUGCUUAACACUUCCUAAAAAGUCAGGCCCUUUUAAACGAUCUCACUUUGGGCACCCAAACUCACUAGACACUUCAGAGAAUCUUGGCAAUAAUAAGUUUGUAUAUACUAUAUAGGCAUCCAAAAAGAUCACCUUCAUAUUGAUCUGAGCAUACGGGGCAAUAAAAGAACUCCUAUAUCCUUAAUACAUGUUGGUUUCAUGGUCUCUCGCCUCCAGGGGUAGUGUUAUUUUCUAUUUAUUAGUCGAUAUUAAACACCAUUGGUGAGCAUGUUUCUAAUUUCCAGCAGUUUAAUAUUGCACCUGAGUUAAGUCUAGUAUGAGAACAUGACCCUUUGAUGUAAGGUGAAUGUUUCAGUAGCAGAUGCUCAGUAUAUAAGGUUUGUUGAAAUGGCAUAUUGUGCUAGGAGGAGUAGAUUGUUCAAAACAUUCUCCAGGUAACAAAACAAACAAAAGUAUGGAUAAUUUAGUCACUAUAAAUAAGAAAAAAUGGUAUUCUAAUUUAGUACUAUCAGCAAGCUCAGUGAGAAGAAUACAGACUUCUCCAACUGCAAAAUUUGUUUAAUUUUAUCUGUGUUGGAUGUAAAUGGGAUCUACAACUAAGAUGGCAGUGGGCAUGCUGUUUAUGAAAUAUUAUGUACUCACUACCGAGCUAUCUUGGUGAACUAAUUCAAUACAUUGCUUUACCACUUUCUUCUGGCUUAUUUUCCUGUAGCUGAAAAUGGAACGGAAGAAUUUGUCAGAAUCAGGGGUUGAUAAAGUACAUUUUACUUGUCAAAGUGACAGCCUAGAUUCUAUAGCCUUUAUGGUAAUAUUUUACAAAAUCAAAGAUUGCUAUUGAUUUUUGCAAACAUUCAUUGGGCUGGGAUUUUGUUUUGCAAAAAAUCAAGGUGAUGGGUUAAAAAAAACUUUCAAAGAUGCUUGUGUGAUUUAGGAGCCUACUCGUGAUGCUUUUUUACUUUGAGUUGUCCAUAUCCAUCUCUCACUAUAAUCAAAUUCCCAAACAGUUGUGAGGAGAGUUAGAUAAAACAGCUCUGCUUUUGACCCAAUUUAUCAGUCUCUGGGUUAGAUCCUGGAAUUACACAGAUUUACAAUUGUCAGGCACCAGGACCCACACAGACAUUGUUGACUUUUAAAGGUGACUAAGACUUAGAGGAAAUAGGUCUUAUUUUGCAAAGCUAUUGCUGGACAAAAAUCUCAGAUAAAGACAAAGGACAAAGUGACAAAGCUAACAAGAAGCAACUACCAUACUUUCACAGCUGAAAUUUGGCCUUUAAAAAACCCACCCUCCCUCUUGUCAGUUCUAAAAUGGACAUUCUAUAUAUAAAACCCAUAUACCAUUUGGGAGAGAGGAUAUAAGCAGGGCUAGUAUGCAAUUGGCUGUCUGAAUUUAUGAAUUCCUAAGUGGUUUCUGAAUGCCUACUCAUUUUUCACUUGAAAGCAGUUUUGUCUUGGACAGUGUGUGAGGAUCUGGUGCAAGUGCCUAUCACAGUGUGUGCCCUGUCUUUCUUUUAUUAUGUAGUUCAAUGGUUAUAUAUUUGCUUUUUUAAAACCCCAUCUACACUGAUGGUGGAUUUUUUCUACGAGUUAUUUAUAGGUUGUAUCUGCUUGCUCAGAGUUGUGCCUGGCAGUAUUAGUAUUUUGGUCCAAUUUUCUCUAUCAUCCGUUGGGUGUUCCCCCCCGCCACGGGACGUUAUUUUAAAAUUGUCAUGGAAGAGAAAAUGCUGCUCAGUAAAUUUUUAAAAACUAAGGAAUGAUGCACUUUCCCUGUCUUUUUGUUUUUACUCAUCCCUUGUCAUCACCACAAUUUCAUCUGUUCUUAUAUAUUCGCUUUCAUUUGACUAUUUUGUGUCAUGGUUUUUGGUAAAAAGCACUUGGUGAAGGAGUUUGGAAAAUGAGGAAACUGCGUCCUAUUAAAAGAACCAAGAUUUUCAACUGCAGCUGGGGAUUUGGAUGCCUAAAUUGAGGCACUUUAAGGAAGCCUGAUCUCAGAAGGCAGAUGCUCAGCACUUUCUGAAAAUCCUCAUAAAAGGUGUCUCACAUGGGGCACCCAGAAUCACUUUUUGUUCUUGAAAGUCUUGGGCCUAGAUUAUCACAGGGUGUUGAUUUCAAUAAGGUGGAAUAAGUUUUUUAAAUAAAAAAAACAAUUGACAAAUAGACUAUCGUAACUUCCUGCUUCCUAACUGGGACUAAACAAGAGGAUCUACUUAAAACUACAGGCUGAAUUGAUUUGACUGAGCCAAAUUUUCUUUUCCCUGAACCCAUAGAGAUAUGGCUCUAAGGAUCUUCCUAUAUAGUCAAAAAGGCACCAUCCUUUCACAGUGAAAAGACUGGCAGAAAACAAGAUUUCUCUUUUUCUCCUACAAUUUCUCAAACUCAAAGUAAAAGACUGAGUCCAGCAGUGGAAUUCAGAGCAUCCCAUAUGGCAGAGCUAGGACUAGGCCCUUAGCCCUUGCCUCAUAACCAUUUAUCUUGUCUCAAGAAGCCUUUUAGAGCAAUGCUAUUAGUUCUUCCUAAGGUACCAGUGAAAGAGUUGUCAACUGUUCUGAUCCUUAAUUCCACUAACACACCACUCACAACUAAUAUUUGUUAAGACCAAUGCAAACUUCACAGAACAGAGGUUCCAUAAGUGUAGUUUGACUUAAAUAUUUUGGUGGGGGGGGAAGCAGUUUCAGUCAGGCCAACAGGGCCAUUGGCGGGGGUGGGGGAGAGAAAAUCCAUGCCUGCCCAAGGCUUGCAGUUUUGGAGGGAGCAGGGUAAAGAGGCUACAGAUGAAAAAUGAGAGUAUAAAACUAAGUACACAAUGUUGAUCCCAAACAGUACAUACAGAUCCUGAGUCCAUGUCUUCAUGCUCUGGUAGUUGUUACCAGUGUUGAUAGAGUAAUUAGUCUACAGUGGAUCCAAACUUGUAAGCUUCUGGACUCCAAACUAUACUUAGUCCACAUCAGGAAAUGUCAUCUAGUUAGAGUUCUCAGAAAUCUGACUUCCUCCAUGCUUCAGCCUCCUAAGAAACAUUUUGAGAGUCCUUUUCCGAGACUGUCUAACCAAGUCUUACACACUGCAACAGCAAAAUGCUUUUAGAAGUAAAUUGACCCCUGCUGUUUUAAGGUUAACUGUAGUCUGCUGCACUUUUCAGGUACAAAAAGGGACUGUCCUUACUAUUACUCUUGUUACAGAGAGUGUUAUUUUCUUACAUGCAUGCACAAUACAUGUAUAUAUAAUUUAACAUCGAUGUGCAGUUUGAUUUUUUUUUUACCUAUUUGUAUGCAGUAGAAGGCUUGUUGUAGAAAAGUAUCUCCUCAUAUCUGAAUAUACUAUUAAUAAAACAAACAAAAAAAGCUAACUUAUACAUUGCCAACAAAAGUGUGAACUGCUCAUGAAUCUUUCCCUGAGAGAAAAAAAGCCAUUCAAGCCUGAUUAUUUUUCUAAGUAACUUCAAUUAAAUUGAAGAAAGAGUUUCUCUGUGUGUUUUAUUUCUGUCUUGCAUUCUAAAAUACAGAUUAAAGUGGGGUUUUUAAAGCAAA